AUGGUUUGCAAUGUUAAAAUUCUACUAACUCUCUUUGUGAGUUUAGCAGAUUUAGCACUGACAACUAUUUUAUUUAUCCACGGCCACCAGUUUGACAAAUUCACUACAGAGAUAUACAAGUAUUCCUUUUCAAACUGUUUUAUUGAUAUUUGGUUCUUGUCUGUGUUGAGAUUUGCGAUACUAUUCGGUGCCAGUGUUGCAGUGUUGUGCAAUGCCAAAGAUGCUGUACCAAGGCUGCAGUAUUCGUCGGGUUUUGUCCUUUCAUUCUGUGGGUUAAUGUUCACGUACUUGAUUGUCAAGCUGCUGUUUUAUUCUGAACACCAGAAAGAUUUACGCCAACCCUGGUUCUGGGGAUUAUUUGCUUGUACGACAGUUUGCUGUGUCUGCCUGUAUUUAUUAUGGAAACUUCUAAGCAGUGUGAAACCCAGACGACCGCAUCUGAGUAUAAACGCUGAAGACGGAAACACAGAGGAAAGUGCCAAGUUGCUUAGCGACUAUGCAAAUGAGCAUGAUUUAAACAAGCCGGAAAGGGGUGACUAUGAGUCGCAUGGAAUAAAAAAGAAAGCUAAUGAAAAAAGAAGUACUGUGUUGAGACUGUUGUCUUAUACAGCUCCUGACUUUAUUUUAUUAAUAAUAGCAUUCAUAGCUCUCUUGGCAACGUCCAUAGGUGAGAUUUUCCUGCCACUCUUCACUGGUAAGGUCAUUGAUGGUAUCGUGGUUAAUAAGGAUUACAAUGAAUUCACACAUGCAAUCACAGUAAUGGCUUUAAUAUCUGCUGGAACUGCUUUGACAUCUGGUCUCAGAGGCACUCUGUUUAUGAUUGUCAUGGCGAGGCUGAACAUUAGGAUUCGCAACUGUUUAUAUUCGUCAAUUGCAAGCCAAGACAUUGGUUUCUUUGAUUGCACAAAAACAGGUGACAUUACAUCCCGUCUGACCUCCGACACCACAGUCAUGAGUGAUUCAAUUGCAUUAAAUCUCAACGUCUUUCUACGUAAUUCCGUUAAAAGUAUCGGUUAUCUUGUCCUCAUGUUCAAGUUGUCAUGGCAACUGACUAUAGUUACACUUAUAAUGAUUCCUCUUGUUGCUGUGGUGGCCAAAGUAUAUGGGAAAUAUUACAAGAAAUUAUCUCGGAUGGUUCAAGACACUCUAGCAUUGGCCAAUAAUGUGGCCGAAGAGACACUGUCUUCCAUGAAAACUGUACGAAGCUUUGCCCAUGAAAUCAAAGAAACUGCAAAGUAUGCCGAUAAACUACAUGAUACGUACCUUGUAAAGUUAAAAGAAGCAUUCGCAUAUGGUGGUUUUGUUGUUACAAAUAGGUUUAUGGAGCUAACAAUUGAUGUAAUUCUACUAUUUUAUGGUGGACAUCUUGUGCUUACCGAUCGCUUGACACCUGGCAAUCUCAUCUCAUUUAUACUGUAUAAUCUAGAACUAGGUGAUGCAUUGGAGUCUCUAGAAGCAGUCUACACUGGUUUAAUGCAAGCUGCUGGUGCUGCCGAGAAAGUGUUUGAACUCAUGGACAGAGAGCCAAAGAUCACUAAUACCGGUAGAUUAAUGCCUGGUAAUGUCCAAGGACAAAUUGAGUUUAAAAAUGUCUCAUUUACAUAUCCAUCAAGACCUGAUGUAUGUGUACUCAAGAAUGUGACAUUCAAGGCAUCACCUGGUGAAGUCAUAGCUCUUGUAGGGCCAAGUGGUGGAGGUAAAAGUACAUGUGUCAAUCUUAUAGAACACUUCUAUGAACCCACGUCAGGUUCUAUAUUAUUAGAUAACAUACCAAUACAACAAUAUGAUCAUGAAUAUUUACAUAAUAAGGUUGCAAUGGUGGGUCAAGAGCCUAUCUUAUAUGCAAGAUCGAUACGAGAAAACAUAGCAUAUGCCAUGGAGAAUCAUUGUACCUUUGACAAAGUCAAACACGCAGCAGUACUUGCCAAUGCACAUAAAUUUAUAUCAGAAUUAAAAGAUGGUUAUGAUACUGAGGUAGGAGAGAAGGGAACCCAAAUCUCAGGAGGGCAAAAACAGAGAAUAGCAAUAGCUAGAGCUUUAAUCAGGGAUCCCAUCGUGUUGUUACUGGAUGAAGCUACAAGUGCAUUAGACUCAGAAAGUGAAUAUAUGGUUCAACAAGCCAUAUAUGGCAACCUGCAAAACAGAACCGUUCUGAUUGUUGCUCACCGUUUAAGUACCAUAGAGAAAGCUAAUCGCAUCAUAGUUAUUGACAAGGGAACAGUCGCAGAGCAAGGAAGCCAUCUUGAUUUACUCGCACAAAACGGUCUCUACGCACAGCUAGUCCAGAGGCAGCUACUCAGCACUAAUAUAACACAGGAUGACGAACCCCCGGAGUUGACCAACCCAAAUAUUAAUGGACCAAUCACCAGUGUUCCUCUAAAUCCAAUUAAUCAGUUAGCAUUCAGUCCGGAUAACAAUUCUGAUGACGAUUCAGAAUCAUUUCUAUCCAGUCCUGGUGGCAUUACGUUUUCAGUGGGAUCAUACUUGAUGUGAAAUAAACAUUUUGGUAAGAUCCAAUACACAAUUUUUCUGUGUUCAAAAAUAGCCCAGAGUUUGCUCCCUUGCAUGUUUCUUUUACCAAGGAUGAAUACUAAUUACAUUAGACACAAAUUAAAUUAAUUAACAUGCAUCAUUUUACAUAUUUUAUCAGUGUUUAUCAUACUCUUGAUACAAGUUAAAUAGACACUAGUUUUGGGUUUCCAAUGUGGACUUGGUAUUUUUCCCGCCUAAAUUAUUGCCAGUAUUUUCCCACCAAAGUUAGCUGAGAUAUAUUAUUGCGAAAGUUUGAUACAGUUCAUGUUUAUAUAUAUU